AUGAGCUAUAAUUUUUCAUAUCAAUCAAAGUAUACAUUUAUGAAUAUUUUCAUAGCAUUUAAACAAGUACUAAAUUGCAUUUUAACAGCAGUUACUGUCGGGAGAGCAGAAUCACAUAAAGUUUCAACUUUUAAAAAUAAUUAUCCGACAAAUGACAAUAAAUUGAUGAUUGAUCCUCGAAAUUCUCAUGGUAUAAUUUCAAAUUCAAAUAAAUUUAAACAACGAGAAAUUGAACAAUUUAUUUACGAUUUGAUUGACAAAGAUUUAAUAAAAAUACCAACAAAAAAUGGAAGAAGAUUUGCCAGAUUUAAUAAAUUUUGUAAUUUAACUGAUGAUGGUAGCAUUGUGUUAACUGAUAAACUUGAUAAAUACCAUUGUCAAUUAAAACCAACUGACAUUAAUAAUUUAUCUUUAAAAUUAUAUAAUCGAAGAAUUUUAAGUCCAAUAAUUGAUUUAAUAUUUACAUACAAUGAAUACACAAUUGCUGAUCAAUUACCAAAAUUUAUAAUUUGGACAAAUAAAUAUUCAAGUUUUAAUUAUGAAUAUGACGGUAAUAAAUUUAACGUCAAUAAAUUAAAACCUAUUUUGACAUAUGGUGCACAUAUUAAAAUUAUAAUUCCAGGCUGGCAAGGCCGUCAUAAUAUAACAUGGAUUGGUGAAUUAAAAAAAAGUAUAUUUGAUAAUUGUGCUAGUGAAAAUUGUUAUGUUAUUGUUUAUGAUUGGUAUUUUGUUGCAAAAAGUGCUAAUUAUUUUUUUGUUGCUGAUAAAGUUAAAGGGUUUGUUUCAACAUUUCUUGCAAAAUUCAUGGUACAUCUUGUUGAUGAUGGAGGAAUUUAUUCAAAACAUAUACAUAUUAUUGGAUUUAGUCUUGGUGCACAUGUUGCUGGUUGUAGUGGAUAUAAAUUUGGACAAUUAUCAUCAUAUGAUGUUAAAGUUGGUAGAAUAACUGGCCUAGAUCCAGCUGGUCCAAGUUUUGAAAAUGUAGAUAGUCGUGAUCGUUUGAGUCCUGAUGAUGCACAUUUUGUUGAAUGUAUUCAUUCGUGUAUUUUAAUAUUAGGAUAUACAGAUCCAAUUGGUGAUGUUGAUUAUUAUUCUGAUGGAGGAAUUUGUCAUCAACAAUCAAUGUGCAAAAAUGAAGAUUAUUUAAAUAAUUUCAUUUGUGGACAUUACAGUGCUGUUGCUAUUUACAAUGCUGUAAUAAAAGAUCGUAAAGCAUUUGUGGCAAAAAGAUGUUCAAGUUGGAGUAAAUAUGAAAUUGGACAAUGUGAUGAUAAUCAUUUAUUAUGGGUUGGUGAAAAUGAUGUUGAAGAACGUCAUUAUGGAACUUAUGUUUUUCGUAGUGAUUUUUUAAAUGCUGAUUCAGGAAUUUAUGAAUCUAUGUUUGGAGGAGUUAAUUUUGAGCUAUCAGCAUGGAGUGUAUUAAUAUCAAGACGAGUAUACACUUGGAGAUAAAUAAAACUUAAUAUAAAUAAAUUAAUUGUUGUUAUAAUUAAUUAAAUAAAAUAAUUAUAAAAAA